AUGUUCAGCCAUUCGGGAUACGUUUUUGUGUUUUGCUUCCUGACGUGUUGGCUAUUGAUCCGCCCCGACCCCAUGCAUGCAACAAGAUUAACAAAAAAAAAGAAUUUCUUGAAAAAUAUCCGUUUUCUUUCUCCCCUCCCGCAGCCUCAGCCCAAAUUCCUUUGGAUUCCCGUCUGGAUUCGAACCUGUUUUUUCAUUCCGUUCUUCCUAUUUUGCAACUUCGAUCUUCCUGAUCCAAAAUUACCGGUGCUGAUUGGGAACGAUCAUGUCUACUUGUUCGGAGCCGUUGUUUUCGCCUUCACCAACGGGUAUUUCUCCUCAUUGGGAAUGAUGUAUGCACCAAGGUACAAAAUUUCACGCUACCAAUCAUGUUCAAGUACACACGCCAAUCUGUCUGUGAGGGUUGUUCGCUCGCACGCAUCCCCCAUCGGCAUUGUCCAAUUCGGAUGUGUGAGGUAG